AUAUUAAUUAUUUGGUAAUACUAUUAUGGAGGCUUUUAAUUUGAAAAAUACUUUUUUCUCGUGUAUAACAAUUAUAGUACUAGUAUUAUCUAUGCUAUUUUUCUAUGAACCUGCUCAAAACCUACUAUGUAGCUAUGCGAUUUUUGAACGAUUCUUAAUUAAUACACCUAAAGUGUGUUCUCUAUUCGAUGCAAAUCGAUUAAGUCGAUACAACGGUAAUGAUGGUGGCAAAAUAUAUUUAUCUAUUCUUGGUAUUGUAUUUGAUGUAACAGAAGGUAAAAAAUUCUAUGGACCUGGUGGUUCAUAUAGUGGAUUUUCUGGCCGUGAUGCUACCCGUUCAUUUAUAACUGGUUUAUUUGAUGAAGAAAACCUAACUGAUCAUGUUAGUGAUAUGGAUCCAAAGGAUUUAAUAGGACUAGAUACUUGGCUCGACACUUAUAAGAAAAAAUACAAAGAAAUUGGAAAAUUAAUAGGACGUUAUUAUGAUUCAUCUGGUAAAGAAACAGACUACAGAAAAUUGGUGUUUGAAAAAAUAAAAUCAAGUAAAAUAGCUAAAGAAGCUAAGGAUAAAGAAAUGAAACAAUAUCCAAGUUGUAAUAUAGAAUACGUUCAAGAAAAUCAAAAAAGUAAAGUCUGGUGUACUAAAUUGAGUGGUGGCAUUAAAAGAAAUUGGAUUGGAGUACCUCGUAAAUUACAAUCAUUGGAUGAAAAUGGAAAGUUGUCUUUUCGCUGUGCAUGCGUACAACUAGACACCCUAAGCAAAGCUGAACUAGUACAUAUUAAUGAGUAUGAGGAUUGUGAUGCUAGUGCAACAACUUGUUACGUUAAAGUCAGUUAAACUGAUAUGUUCUGUUUAUGAAUUGUGUCAUUUCUGGUUUUUUUAUGCCAUUGUAGUAUGAUUGAAAUGCAAAUUGUUCUUUCUGUGUUAAAUUCCCUUAUAAUAUCAAAAUUGUUAAUCCCAGAGAACAAUAAGAAAAGUUCUAGUUUAAUACCCUUGAAUCAUAUUGUUUAGAGUAAAUUUAAUUAAUGUGUCUAUUUACUUCACUAAUAUUAACAAUUUUUUAUACAAAACUAUUCUUAAGUAAAAAUUACUAAAUAAUUUUUGUAUUAUUGUACUUUGAUACUUGGUUAUAGCUAACAUUAUAAUUGUCUGGUUAAAAAUACUUAAUAGU